GGGGCGAGGGGGAGGAUGCACGGCACGUGCGCGAUGUAAGAGAAACCCCCAUUGUGCGCAACGUGCGAUGUAACAGUUAGAAUUUUGUCAACGAACCGAUGUCGCGGUUCGCACGUGCGCGACGUAACUGAUACCCUCUUCGCUGUACACGUGUUUCGCGGUGAUAAGACGCGAGCGCCGACGUCCGGCUACUAUGAAAUCGGAUGAGUGGAUGUUAAAGUAUGAUUAAAGAUACGUUCGCGGCGAAAAAAAUGCAUGCGGAGAAUAUUCGACAACGCGAGCGCCGACAUCCGGCUGCUACGAAAAAUGCGCUGAUUGCACAAUUCGACGUCUCAGGUCCAAGUAGACUGCUAUAGGGUUAGACUCGUAAGUGUGCGCGAAGAGGAGGGAGGGGAGGGGUGGGGGUUAAACGUAUAUUUAAAGAGAAGAGCGAAUGUUACAAACAUUAGUUGUUCAGUGGAACGAGCAUGAUUAGAUCUGAAGAGAAGAAGCUAGAAGGAACAAUGUGGAGCAAGAGACACAUGGAGCAGAAUUGCGAUACAGCAGGGAGGAAGCGAAGCUAGUAAGUAUAUUUAGCAAUUGAUGUAAUAAGCAAAGGUGUGAUGUCUAAUAUACCUAUAAUAUUUCUCCACAGUGCUAAUUCCACACCGACCGUCACUUCCGAAGUGCGUGAUACUGCAGCAUCGCAAUCACAACGCCGACGACGAUGCGUUCGUAUCCUAGGAAGAAGGUACGCGCUGACAACGACGGAACACAAGUAUUUGGAAGUUGGCAUAAACGUGGGAUAUGGUCCGAGUCACAUGGAGAUUGCUGUGGGAGACAAACGUGGGAAUGAAUUGAUCCUCGGAAUGGAAACCUGGAAAGGCCUCGUGGAACAUCAGCAUUUAAUCCAGGAGUAUUUUUCCAAAACUGAUAAACGACCCGUAGAUCCCAUAUAUAUCGGGCCGCUAACUGUAGAAUUUAUUACGUUUAACGAUACGAAGUGUGUUCGGUUCGAAGCAACAAACGUGCGAUCAAUAAUGAUGGCAUCGACACUAACAACUCUGUUUAAUCUCGAUAAAUGUAUCGAUUACAUGUACAAUUGGUUAGUGAGCUGCACCGACCAUGUAGAUGACAAGUACGAACAGUUCUAUAAGAUCGCACGUUGCGUAGAUAAUCCUAAUGACAUAACCGUUGCCAUACAAAACAGCGAAUAUUUCGAUGACAAGGAACUUAUCGAUUGUGAGUUAUUGGCAUUAGCCUUUUGAAAUACGUUGUUAAUAUGUAACAAAUAUAUGCAAUAAAAAAACAUUUACUCCUAAACAUGUAGUGCACUUUUCUACAGUCCUCAGUUAUUCGCAUAGGUUAGAUAAGUAUCAUAGAAGGUAUCAAAUGACGCGAUCACAUUUUUGUGUAGCCUCACGAAAUAGUAGGUAUAUCAUCACAUUGAGACACGUGCAACUUAAGCUGCAAAAUAUGCGAGCACAUUCGAUAUAGCCUCGCAAGAUAUUUUAGAUGCGGUAAGGCGAAUUUUUCAACACGUGUGCAUUAGAGUGAGACAAAAGAUAUAGGGUGGUAAAUCAUAUAAUAGGGAACGAUAUGCAAUAGCAUAUCAGUAUACGUGUCAGAAGUGCCGCAUGUUACAUCGGUCACGUUGAAGGAGUGGAAAGGCGAAAAAAAUGAAGAACCUCACUCAACUAGAACAGAACAUUGUGGCACAAUCAUCGCGUGUAUCAAACUUGGGUGAAUAUUUCGCAUGGACACAACAGUGUGAUGACCUUAUCGAGCAAUUGGAAGAACGCAGUCGCGACGCCAAGCAGCCGCGACUCUCUAUCGGAAACAAACAGUCCGUAGUAGCUCGAGUCACGCGGCUCGAGGGACUGAAGAAGCGAUUAGAAAGACGCUUUAUCCAUAUUGGUGGCAAGUGUGCAGGGUGGAAUAACGGUGUCGAAGAACUCUUGGCGAGAGAUAGAGACCGCGUUCGAGAGCCGCAUUUUAACCGGUGCUGUGAUAAAUUCCGGCUAUAUCGAACCACGGCGAUGUCUGGAAGACGCUAGCAUCAUAGUGCUCGAUCAUGUGCAAAAGGUAAUAAAUGAAUAUGACAGUGUGAAAUUGAAUACCGUGUUCAAUGGCGAGUUUGUGGCGGGUGAGAAGACCGCCAAUAAAAGUAUCAAUACGCGAAACCGAGCACUCUUUCGUACGUCCAAUCUGAAAGAGUGGUUUGCACGAUACGUUAUCGAGCCCACCUUGGCGUCUUUUGAAGAAUUCCAGGAACGCGACAGUGGAUGGGCGUUGUCGCGUAUACUGGACUUGACGGUUAACGUUAACAAAUAUAACCCUAUGCACGCGGGAUGUCACGUCAAAUUGCCGGAGGAAAUUAUGGCGAAGAAAGCAGUGGUAAACGUGCAAAGUAACGAUGUUACAUGUUUUGCAUGGUCAGUAGUUGCUACUCUGUACCCGGCAAAAAGACACGUAGAGCGGCAAUCAUCGUACCCCCAUUAUACCACAGUACUCAAUCUCCAAGGCAUAGAAUUUCCCAUGACAUUGAAGCAAGUCAACAAGUUUGAAGAGCUCAACAAUGUCUCAAUCAACAUAUACUAUAUGAAUGAAUGCCGGAAA